AUGCCUGGUAUCUUGCCGAUGAAAGUGAUCAAGGUCGGUGGCACUGGCACCACGAGCCGUAUUGCUCAGGCCUGUGACCGAUGCCGCAGUAAAAAAAUACGCUGCGACGGCGUUCGCCCUUGCUGCUCACAAUGCGCCAACGUGGGCUUCGAGUGCCGCACCAGCGAUAAACUGAGCCGCCGCGCCUUCCCACGGGGAUAUACCGAGUCGCUAGAAGAACGAGUCCGGAGCUUGGAAACGGAGGUCAAGGACUUGAAGGAUCUGUUGGAUGAGAAGGAUGAGAAGAUCGAUGUCUUGUCCCGGAUACAUUCGUUUACGCCACCACAACGAGCCCCUUCUGCAAGGUCUCCUUCAGCGUGUGCCACAGUAAAGUCGAAUACUUCGGAGUCGUCGGAUGGCAUGUUCCAUGUAGAGCGAUCGACGACUCGACCAUCCCCACAAUCGCAGAACCCUUUCGUUGGAUUUUCUAGCACACAGGGCUUUGCUGAUGUGUUUACCAACAAGCUUGUCCUUGAGGGGAAAUCAGCUACUAAGGUGCCGACAAGAGCCCUCACUGCCUUGUCUGCCUUGGUAUUCCAGGGUACCCCCAACCAGGCUGUGAAGACACCACCUCGCUUGGUGUCGGACCAGUUGAUUAACAUCUUCUUCCAAGAAUGGGCGCCGCUGUACCCGGUGGUACAUCGACCGACCAUUCUAAAAGCUUAUGAGCAGUAUCUCAACAACACAGAGACCCUGCAGCGUAAUCCCCAUGUGAUGGCCCAAUUGAACCUGAUUUUUGGUAUUGCUGCUCUUUCAUCAAUGUCGCGAACCAAUCAAGACCCGACUUUCUUUGAAGAGAAUUGGUCGGCCACCCUUGAUUCGUUCUCGAGUGAAACCUCCAUUUCCAGUCUGCAGUGCUUCGUUCUUGGUCAGAUUUAUUGCAUGACCAAAGGCGACUACCGCACCCUGCUUCGCUACCGUGCCCUGGGUGUGGAUAUCUGCCAUCAGCUAGGAAUGCACGAAAACCAAGAAAGCUCGGGAAACCCACUCGAGGACGAGACUUAUAAGAAGGUUUUCUGGUCACAAUAUGUGCUUGACCGAUUCUGCUCCGCGCUUACUGGACUGCCUGUCCUUUUGCGCGAAGAGGAUAUCGAGACUGAGUAUCCGGUUGAUGUGGACGAUGAGAAUGUUACAGAAACAGGCUUUUUGCCGACCCUGCCUGGCGAAUCCACUCGCAUCUCCAGUGCCAUCGCUCUCUUCGGAGCUGCACGGAUCUUGAACAAGGCCCUUGCAGAUCUGUACCCUUCAAAAUCUGGUUACGAUGUGUGUGUCUCCAAAAUGCGCUCGGUAACAGGGCAAUUGGACGAGUGGCUUCACACACUGCCGCCACACCUUCGUCUCGAGUUCAGUCAGGACAAGCCUAGCACGAACGUCACGAGUAGUCGCUCGCCGCUCCUGUCACUUGUAUACUAUUUCAUUCGAUCUUUGAUUCAUCGCCCAGCUGUCUGCUACGCUGACGAGACUCUUCGCUCUCAGUCUGUUCUAGCGGUGUCCGAUUCAGCAAAGCACAUCAUUCAGAUUCUUGAACUUCUUGAUGAGAGGCGUUUGUGUCUGUCUGUUUGUAUCAACAGGAAAGAGCUCAUAUUCCUUUCCGGCCUUGGACUCCUCUGGCAAAUCCUUGAUAUCAAGAACGAUAGCAAACUGGCCAAGGAUAGCCAGAAGCUGCUUGGCACUGCCAUGCAAUAUCUCCAAUCAGAGUCGAGCGCGGCGGCUGUUGAAUUCAACAUGCUGUCCAACACUCUGAUUCCUCUGGACGGCGGAAGACGCCCUUCAGUGAGCAAUCAACACCAGGAGAUGGUGGCGCCAACACAAAAGCCCCGAAAAUCCCCCAAGAAGCACUUGCAGGCCCUCAAGUCUCGCCUUAUCGCCUGCUCCACCCGCGAUAAGCAGCCUCCCACCCAACAACCCUCUCCUCAGUCCUCCCGCCGUAACACCAUCUCCGGAACCACCCCCCCACUUCUUCCCCAGUCGCUCCGCUCCCCUAGCUGGAGCAGCCUGCCCCUCUCUCAACCUGACCAUCUUUCCGGCCCACUCUACCACAAUGACAAGGCGAAUUCUCCCUUGGAUCUAGCCUCAGACCCUCGCUUAUCCGCAUCCUUGGGGUACGACCACUCACGCAACAUGUCCUGCUCUACACCCUCCGACCCCCAAGCUGGUGUCAUCACAAUGGCCGAUUGGGAAUAUGUGCUGAGUGACAUGGACCGCGGAUACUCCAACAUCUUCACAGGCAUUUAUGGCGGCAAAGAAUGCGGCGAAGACCCGGGUCCGUUCGCCUCAAUUGCAGCAGAAUACAACCGCAAACCCAACGAUCCCUCCCUAGUCAACCACGCGCAGGGUGAGAUGCACGACCUCUCGCCCGAGGCGUGGUCCGCCAGUAGUGGCGACUUCGUACAUAAACAAGAACAUACCGCGCAGAGCGUCCUGAGCUAUUCAAGCGAGAGCAUGGGAAGCGCCGAGGAAUCUCUGGCGCCUUAUGCCGAUGUCCGGGUCUGUCCUGAAGAUAUGAAUACGAUGGACCCGUUCCAUACUUUUGCUCUGCAUGGAGAAUGA